AGAUAGGACUGACGACCUGUUAUAUGAUUCGGCACUAACCGUGUAAAGAUGCGCUCCUAGACGACAAUAUGAUCGAUGACAGCAUGUCGCUAGAGACUUCCUCUUGCUCCUCAACUUCUACUGAGGGGAGCGACUGUGGCAUGAAGAUACUUGAUGAGAGUGAUAUCGAGGAUAUCAAGGCCAGGACUCUCAUGGCUAUUCCUAUCUACGACGUCUUGCAUAUCAAGCGCAUCCGAUCCAUGAUAGACAGCUUUACGCAGCAACAACUGAUAGAUGCUGUUAGAAAGGUCUUAGAGGUUGAUAAGUUUAAGGUCAACCAACAAAGAGUGACAACAUACAGUAUAACAUACAGCCACCCUUCAUUACAACUGCGCGGUUUGAUUCAAAGGCACCUUGUGAAAGAGAUACCAUAUCCUGACGACGGGAGGGCUACCAAUAUCCUUUCAUUCGAUGACCUUGACCAUAGUCUCCACGAGAAGAGUAACACGGAACUAAAGGAGCUAUUGGGUGGGGCGCUCAGUGAAUUUCACACGGCGAAGCUGUAUGCUAUUCUGGAGGAACAAAUCCAAGCCUUGCCGGAAGAGACAAGAGAGCAAAUUCACACAGAAGCGCGCCGGCUAUUUGAUGAGUCGAACUCUGCAGGAGCUUUGGGGUUAGUGAGCGAGGAGGGUGGGUUGGUGAGACUGUAGCGUGGGAAAGGUCCUCUGGUCCCUGAUAGGGCCAGCAGCCUAUUAAAGGGAAAUUGUUUCUCUAUCCUGAGCCUUGGGGAGUGUCAGCUACAGAGUAGCUAUUCACGUGGUAGUGUUGUGGUGGCUUUCUUUCUUUGCUCUAUUGCUUUAAUUGAUUAUCCUCGUGUUCGGUAAAUUAGCGUCAAUUGAUUUGGAAAGAUCGCCUUGACGGUGGC